AUGUCCGCUGAAGUCUCCGGCCCUCGCAAGAUCGAGAAGAAGCCUGUCAAGUUCAGCAACCUGCUGCUUGGCGCGGCGUUGAACAUGUUCGAGGUCACCACGCUGGGACAGCCGCUGGAAGUGAUCAAGACGACCAUGGCCGCCAACCGUUCCGAUAGUUUCGCCGGUGCCAUGCGUCGGAUUUGGGGCCGUGGCGGGAUUCUCGGCUAUUACCAAGGUCUCAUUCCCUGGGCCUGGAUUGAGGCUUCCACCAAAGGUGCUGUCCUGCUGUUCGUCGCGUCCGAGGCGGAAUACUAUGCCAAGUUGUUCGGUGCAUCCGACUUUGUCGCUGGAAUUACAGGCGGUAUGACGGGUGGUGUCGCGCAGGCGUACGCCACGGUCGGGUUCUGUACAUGCAUGAAGACGGUCGAGAUCACCAAGCACAAGAUGGCCGCCGCGGGUCAGAAGCCCCCGAGCACCUAUCAGACGUUCAUGGACAUCUACCGCCGAGAAGGUAUCCGCGGUAUCAACAGAGGUGUCAACGCGGUCGCUAUCCGCCAGACCACCAACUGGGGUUCCCGCUUCGGUCUGUCACGACUGGCGGAAACUGUUAUUCGCAAGAUCACCAACAAGGAGGAUGGUCAGAAGCUCAACGCAUUCGAGAAGAUCCUCGCGUCCGGUCUCGGAGGUGGUCUGUCCGCUUGGAACCAGCCCAUUGAGGUUAUCCGCGUCGAAAUGCAGAGCAAGAAGGAAGACCCGAACCGGCCCAAGAACCUGACCGUCGGCAAGACCUUCAAGUACAUCUACGAGACCAACGGUAUCAAGGGCCUGUACCGGGGAGUCACUCCUCGUAUCGGCCUGGGCAUGUGGCAGACGGUGUGCAUGGUGGCUCUUGGUGACAUGGCCAAGGACGCAGUUGAAAAGCUCACCGGCGAGAAAGUCACCGCAAAGCACUAG